ACGAAGACGCCAAAACGAAAACUCAUGCAUGUACAUGAACCAUAAUGCAGGCGCAACUCCUGGUGGGACCCAUCGCUCCCAUCAACGGCUCCGAUGCUUUCUCCUCCCUCUUCAAAACCGGUCUCCUGACUUCGACCAGCCACCGCAGAAGAUCCCGCUCAGCGGUCGCGUCGGCGGCGGCGAUCAACGGCGAGCAGAACCACUACGCCGUGCUGGGCGUCGCUUACAGUGCCACGUCAGCGGAUAUCAAGAAGGCUUAUCGCCUCCUCGCCCGAAAGUAUCACCCUGAUGUUAGCAAGGAUUCACAAGCUGGUGAGGUGUUCAAGACUAUCUGUCAUGCAUAUGAAGUUUUAUCUGAUGAAGUAACAAGGAGUAAGUAUGACCGGGCACUUAAAUUUCAAAAAGAUACUGGCAGGUCAUACAGAGGAAACUGGAGCUAUAGCCCUGAAUUUGAUGAUGGUGUAAGGAUCUAUAAGUGGGCUGAACUGAGGCGGAAAAUGCAAAAUGAGAGAUACUGGAAAGGUUACAGUAAUCAUGAAGAGGAUUCUUCCUUUGAUGAUGAAACAGAUGAGGAGGAUGAAGAACACCUAGAUCAAGAGAGAGUAUCCUUUAGCGAAGUUCUAAGAUCAACCUUCAUCUCUCUGUUUAUACUGCAGAUCUUUGGAUCCCGAUUAUCGCUCACCUUUAGUAGCCUGACAGCAUUGUUUGACAAAAAGCUGGAUUCUGGAUACAAGAUGGGUUAUCUAAUUGCAUGGGUUUUGGGUGGGAGAGGUGGCAUAUUGCUAACUUUAUGCCUCUCAUUUGCAAGCUGGGUCUGUGGAAAAACCAGCAGCAGUAUAGUUGUUCUGGUAGUCAUAGCUAUGUGGUUUGGCUCCAAUCUCGCCAGAUGUGCCCCUCUUCCUCAAGGUGCCCUUUUAGCUCUUCUGUAUAUGUCCAUUAAGCUACAAGUUGAUCUUAGCUAAACCACCACUGUCACAGCCGCCGCUGCCGCUGCAAUCUAUUGAAAGAUAACUGUAAUUUGUAUAUAUGUUUGUUCACUUGAAUGUAACCCAUAAGCCAAUUUGUUGGAAAACAAAAUUAUCAAUCAAGAUGCUAGUUGAAAUAUUCA